AAAGCGGGGUUCCCUGUAAUGGACCAGCCCCCGAUCAUAUAUGUUUUGCACCUCUUUUACUUUUAGGUUAUUUAUUUCUUCUUUUUCCUCAACGUUCAGCUGCAACUCUUCAAUGCCACGGUAAUGUGGUCUGAAACACCGAUGGUUUCCCUCCAUGACAAUUGCCGGUGAAGUCGGCAAAUCGGCGACGGCGAGCUAGCGGUGAUGGGGGGAACAUUUUCCAUUUUCGGCAGAUGCUGGUCUAGCCUAUGCUGUUGCUAGUCUCAAGAGGGUCCUGCAAGGUAAUGCUUAGUUGUGAUGACAAGAUGAUUAGGGUAUCGCCUGCUGCAGAUGCGAUGUAACCUUGGUCUCACGAUGCUUGCCGGUUCAGAAGCCAUACCCAGGGGUAUAUAGGCCCCAGAUUCGAGCACUUUUGUACUCGAACCAACAGAUCAAGAAACUGUCGCACUCCUCAAAAUGAUCAAGCCCUCUAUCCUCGGGGCAUUGGCCCUGCUCAGCUGCGCCCUCCCCAGCAACGCCACACAGAUCUUCCGCAACACCGGCACCCUGGCGGGCUGGGACUCCGUCAACCACGAACACUCCGGUACCGUGCAGGAGGUCAGCAAUGUCGCCUACGAGGGCUCCACCUCCCUCAAGAUGACCCAGGUCUACGACGCGAGCUACACAGGCCGCUACCACUCCGAGGUCGUCAAGAACAACGUGUACAAGCGCGGCGACACGGGGUUCUACGGCUUCGCAUUCCGCCUACAGCAGGACUGGCAGUUCUCCCCGGCGCAGUCGUACAACAUCGCGCAGUUCAUCGCGGAUUUCUCCGACACGGGCUGCGACGACUACAUGCCCUCGAGCAUGGUGUGGCUGGUCGGGAACCAGCUCUACUCGCGCGUCAAGCAGGGGACCGUCUGCGCGCAGAAGACCCAGACGUUUAGUAACCUUGCCACGGUUACUGCGGGCGUGUGGCACAAGGUGAUUAUCCAGGCGAGUUGGAAGUCGGAUGGCACGGGGUUCUAUAAGAUGUGGUUUGAUGGGGUCAAGGUGCUGGAGCAGUACGAUAUCGCCACGACGGUGGAUGACGACCGCGAGUUCCAGUUCCGGGUUGGGCUGUAUGCGAAUGGAUGGCAUGAUGACAAGGGCAUGAAGGGAACGCAGGGAACAAGACAAAUCUGGUAUGAUGAGAUAGCCGCAGGGACGACCUUUGCCGAUGCGGAUCCCGCGCAGUGGUAGGCGUCGCCAAAUCUCAAGCAUGGUUCGAAAAAUGCGAGGUGGACGGAUUUCAGACGCGAACCGGCAUUCACAGACAGAUAGACGAUGUGACUGAAUGUAUCAGGAGAGACUUCCAAGUCCUAAUGCUGCUAGUGCUCAGUGUCCGGCAAGAUUUUGAGAUGACCAGUUCGCAGCUACGGAGUAGACAAAUUGACAACGACUUGAC